UUAGGAAUGAUAGUUGCGGGCCAGGCGGUUCCUUUGCAUGCUGUGCAUAUUUUCACCCUGGUUUUUGCUUUUCGUUGCACCGAAAUGUGGAUUUUCAGCAGCCGACGUAAAGAUCCCAGGUCAGCGGCCGGAGAUGAGCGGAGAUGCUGGAAGCUGGGCUGUCCUGGGAAAUAAAAAGUUCGACUUGUCAGAAGACUCAGCAGAGACAUGGAUCUCAUCAGGAGAGGAACGGCCUGAACACGGAGAAGUGAGCUCGGUUGGUCUUAUCUAACCAGCCAACUCUCUCACCCCUUGGAAACAGUGAGGCCUCAAAACAAGCUCCAUUAGAGUUGACUCAGAUUCACAGGAAGGAACAGAACCAGCCAUCUCAGCAUGACAGACAGAGUGAGUUUCAACGCCCCCAAAGUCACCCCCCGGCCGGCCGCAGCUCCUGUGCUCCCACCUGAGCCAAUUGAUAUAAUUCGCACUAAAGCUCGCUCUCGGCGAGUCCUCCUCAAUGUAGGUGGUCUCAGUCAUGAAGUGCUGUGGAGAACACUGGAUCGCCUGCCUCGAACCCGUCUGGGUCGAUUAAGGGACUGCAACACCCAUGAGUCACUGCUGGAGAUUUGUGAUGACUACAGUCUCCAUGAGAAUGAAUAUUUCUUUGACAGACAUCCAAUGGCUUUCUCCUCCAUCCUCAACUUCUACAGAACAGGGAAGCUGCACAUGAUGGAGGAGAUGUGCGCUUUGUCCUUUGGUCAGGAGCUAGACUACUGGGGAAUUGAUGAGAUCUACCUGGAGUCCUGUUGCCAGGCACGGUACCACCAAAAGAAGGAGCAGAUGAAUGAGGAGCUAAGAAGGGAGGCUGAGACGCUGAGAGACAAGGAUGGAGACGUUGAUGAGCAGGGCUGUUGUCCUGACCAAAGACAAAAGCUUUGGGAUCUCCUGGAGAAACCUAGUUCCUCUGUUGCUGCAAAG